AAAGAUGGGCUGUCACAGUCGUCGGAGUCGCUCUUCAACAUCAAGGAAGGGGAUGAUGACACUGAAAGGCGUUCAGCGGAGAUACAGAAGGGACAGUCUGCUCAAGUCAAGGACAGCAGCGAGCUGAGUCCCACGAGUUCGUUGUUGCGUUCGGCGUGCCUGCUUCUUCACAAGAAGUUUCCGUGUCUGCAUGGUCUUAUCUGUGCGGUCAAGGAGGGUCUGCGGCCUGUACUGACAUCUGUUGAAGAGCUACCUCGGCACAAGUGCUGUCCCCAUAGCCACAGUUGUGUGUCCUAUGUCUUGAAGGGUGGACUUAGGAUGUUCAGCUUUGGCUACCUGGUGCAGGCGGUGAUCAAUUCUCUGUCCUCGGUCACCGUGAUCGUCCGGAAACCCUGGGCCCUACAGAAGGCCUGGUUCAGCAAGCACAACCUCAACCUGGCAGCGUUUUUGGGCGGCUACUGUGCCGUGUUUAGGGCUGUCAACUGUGUCCUAAGAUGGGUCAGAAACAAAGACUCGGAGCUUCAUGGCUGCGUGGCCGGGGGCUUGGCCGGCCUGUGUCUCAGGUUUUAUAAAAGUCUCACCAUUGCCUUAUAUACUGCUACCAAACUAAUGGAGGUGCUUUACUUCAAAGGCAUCGAGAGCUACGGGUUCCCUUACAUCAAGUCGGCAGACAUCUUCAUCUAUGCAUUUUCUACUGCCUUUAUUUUACAUGCAGCUGUUGUUGAACCACACACACUGAGACCAGGUUAUUGGAAGUUUUUGCUGAGAAUCACAAACAACAGAUUUGCCUUCAUGAACCGCAAACUUCUGGAUGUCUUUGGUGUGGACUCCUCCAAGAUCAGACCGGAAUACUGGCCGGACUAUGAACCCAGCUUCACAAAUCUGGCUCGGACCAAGAGCUGA